AUGACUACGGAAGAUAAGAGUGAUUUUAAGGCUGCCACACAGUGCUGGCUCUGUGACAACGCUUUAGGAAAGGACAAAGUCAGAGUUCACUGUCACUUCACCGCUAAACAAUCUAAAGAAAAGAAAGGUAAGAAAGAAUACAACAUUGGAGGAACUACCGUUAAUUACAUUAUGUGUUCAUUAGAAAACAGAGUAUUUAUGAUUGCUUUUGACUACUUAAAAAAACAGAACAUUGAAGUAGGUGCUCUUGUGUUUGAUGGACUCAUGGUUUACCAAAAGGAUGUACCAGAAGAAAUGCUGCCAGAGUUACUUGAGAAAUGUUCUGCAGAAGUAAAAAAAAUAUGGGAUGUGAUAUUACAUUUACUUCCAAAGUUAAGGAUGAAGGUAUUUUGUGCAUGUCCAAAUAAUUGGAGUCAUUAUGAAGACAAGUGCUUCUUUUUAAGCCGCGACAACGAGGCAUUUGCCGAUUCACUGAAACUGUGUGAAGUGAUUGGACGCCAAUAUGGAAGAUCGGCAUCAUUAGCUACUGUUGAUGAUGCGAAAACACAACAGUUUCUUACAGAUUUAAUGAUCAAAAUAAAUUCCAUUGGAAUGUACAUAGGAUUAAAUGACCUUGUAACUGAAGGGACAUUUCACUGGGUAGCCAAUGGCAAGCAGGCAACAUACUUUAACUGGGGACCUACCCAACCAAACAACAGAGGAGGAAACGAAAAUUGUGUAGCUAUGCGAGUUGAUCCAGUUAUAGGCUUCAAUUAUUCUUGGACAGAUGGUUCUUGCACAGUUCCAACCACCUACAUUUGUGAAAUGGGCAGCAGAUAUUGGAAACCUUCUCGGAUAGCCGUAAUUGUCAUAUUUUGCACAUGUCCAAAUGGAUGGAAUCAUUAUGAAGACAAAUGUUUCUUUCUAAGCCGGGACAAUGAGACGUUUGGAAAUUCUCUGAUGCUCUGUGAAGUAAUUGGGCGCCAGUAUGGAAGAUCUGCGUCUUUGGCUACCGUUGAUGAUGCCAAAACACAACAGUUUCUUACAGAUUUAAUGAUCAAAAUAAAUUCCAUUGGAAUGUACAUAGGAUUAAAUGACCUUGUAACUGAAGGGACAUUUCAUUGGAUAGCCAAUGGUAAGCAGGCAACAUACUUUAACUGGGGACCUACACAACCAAACAACAGAGGAGGAAACGAAAAUUGUGUAGCUAUGCGAGUUGAUCCAGUUAUAGGCUUCAAUUAUUCUUGGACAGAUGGUCCUUGCACAGUACCAACCACCUACAUUUGUGAAAUGGUGUAA